AUGGGGUCCGCGGCAGCUCCAGGCUCGGCCCGUCCCCAGGGAGGCGGCGACUGCCCGGAGAUGAGCGUGGGCGCCAUCCUGGCCGCCGUGCGCGUGGCCAGCCCUGGCUCCUUCAUCUACGUCUUCUCGGACGCGCGCGCCAAGGACCACCAGCGCACGGGGGAGCUGCUGCAGCUGCUGCAGCGCAAACAGUCGCAGGUGGUGUUCGUGCUGACCGGUGACUGCGGGGACCGCACGCACCCCGGCUACCUGGCCUACCAGGACAUCGCCGCCACCAGCUCGGGGCAGGUGUUCCACCUGGACAAGCAGCAGGUGUCAGAGGUGCUGAGGUGGGUGGAGUCGGCCAUCCAGACGUCCAAGGUGAACCUGCUGUCCACGGAGCACGAGGAGGCGGGCGAGCACCUGUGGGACGUGCCCCUGGACCCCAGCGUCCGGGAGGUCACCAUCGCCCUGAGUGGCCCCGGCCCCGAGGUGGAGGUCCGAGACCCGCUAGGGAGGAUCCUGCAGAAGGACGAAGGCCUCAACGUCCUCCUCAACAUCCCGGACUCGGCCAAGGUGGUGGCCUUUAAGCCCGAGCACCCUGGGCUGUGGUCCAUCAAGGUCUACAGCAGCGGCCGGCACUCGGUGCGGAUCACCGGGGUCAGCGACAUCAACUUCCGGGCCGGCUUCGCCACUCAGCCCUCGCUGGACCUCAACCACACCAUCGAGUGGCCCCUGGAAGGGGUGCCCAUCUCCCUGGUCAUCAACGCCACCGGCCUGCAGGCCCCCGGCCGCCUGGACUCCGUGGAGCUCGCCCACAGCUCGGGGCGGCCCCUCCUGACUCUGCCCACGUGGCCCCUCGCCAACGAGUCCACCCACCAGCUGUGGGCCGGGCCCCCCUUCCACGCCCCCCGGGAGCGCUUCUACCUCAAGGUGAAGGGCCAGGACCAUGAGGGAAACCCCCUCCUCCGUGUCUCUGGAGUCGCCUACACGGGGGUGGCCCCAGGCACCCCGCUGGUCAGCAUGCCGCCCCGGAUCCACGGCUACCUGGGCCAGGCCCUGUUGGUCUCCUGCUCCGUGCACAGUGCUCUCCCCUUCCGGCUCCAGCUGUGGCGCAACGGGGUCAAGCUGGGCGAGGAGCGGCACCUCCUGGAGUCCGGGAACAGCAGCUGGGAGAUCCCGCGGGCCUCCGAGGCCGAGGAGGGCGCGUACGAGUGCGUGGCGGCCAGCCAGAGCGGGACGGGCCGCGCCCAGGCCCACGCCGUCCUCACAGACCCCCCUCCGCAGCUGGCCCCCGCGGCCAACGUGACGGUGUCCCCCGGGGAGACGGCCCACCUGUCCUGCCGCGUGCUGAGCCGGGCGCCCUUCAACCUCACGUGGGUGCGGGCGGGGCGCGAGCUGCCGGCCCCGGGGGGCAGAGCCACGCAGCUGGCCGACCUGUCCCUGGAGCUGCGCGCCGUGGAGCCCGGUGACGGCGGCCAGUACCAGUGCGUGGCCCGCAGUGCCCACGGGCUCAGCAGGGCGUCCGUCUGGCUGCUGGUGCGAGAGCCCCCCACGGUCAGCCUCCACACCACCACCCAGCGCUUCCCCGAGGGCACGGAGGUGCGAGUCAGCUGCUCAGCUUCGGGGUACCCCACCCCCCACAUCUCCUGGAGCCGCGAGGGCCGUCCCCUGCAGGAGGACAGCAGAACCCACGUGGACGCCCAGGGAACACUGGUCAUUCAGGGAGUGGCCCCAGAGGAUGCUGGGAACUACAGCUGCCAGGCGGCCAAUGAGGCUGGCACAGAUGAGGAGACGGUCACCCUCUUCUAUACGGACCCGCCGUCGGUGUCCCCGGUCAGUGCGGUGGUGCUGGCCGCCGUCGGGGAGGCGGCCGUGCUGGAGUGCCAGGCCACCGGCGCGCCCCCGCCCCGGAUCAUCUGGUACCGAGGGGGACGUGAGAUGAUCCUGCCCCCAGCGGACUCCAGCGCCGGGACCCUGCGGAUCCCCGUCACCCGGGAGCGGGACGCGGGGGUCUACACCUGCCGCGCCCUCAACGAGCUGGGCGACGCCUCCGCACAAAUCCGGCUGGAGGUCGGACACGCCCCCCAGCUGACGGAGCCGCCCCGGGACGUCACGGCCGAGCUGGGCAGGAGCGCCCUGCUGGGCUGUCGGGCCACCGGCCGGCCGCCCCCCAAGCUGUCGUGGCGCCGCGCGGACGGCCGGCCCCUGGGACCCCCGCGCGGAGACGGCCGGGGCCAGCGCGACUCGGGGCUGCUGCUCCUGGAGAGCGUGGCCCCCGAGGACCAGGGCUCCUACAUCUGUGAGGCUCAGAACGUGUUCGGGAAGGUGCAGGCGGAGGCGCGGCUGGCCGUGGUGGGGCUCGUGCCCCCGCAGCUCGCCAGCAGUGCUCCCACCGUCCGGGUGCUGGAGGGGCAGCCCGUGUCCCUGCCCUGCGUCAUCCUGGCCGGGAGGCCCCUCCCGGAGCGGCGCUGGCUCAAGGCCGACCAGCCGCUGCCAGCAGGCAGCCGGCACGUGGUCCGCGCCGACGGCAGCCUCCACCUGGCCCAGGCGCUGCGCGGGGACGCGGGCCGCUACAGCUGCGUGGUCACCAACACGGCAGGCUCCCGGCACAGGCUCGUGACGCUGGUGGUCCAGGUGCCACCUCGGAUCCAGCCCGCGGCCACCUACCACGUCACCAACGAAGGGGUCCCAGCCGCUCUGCCCUGUGCUGCCUCGGGCGUGCCCACACCCACCGUCACCUGGGCCAAGGCGUCCCUCGCCCUGCCCCCCAGGGACCCCCGCUACAACGUCAGCAGGGACGGCACGCUGCACAUCGCCCGGCCGGGCCCCCGGGACUCGGGCAGCUACGUCUGCACGGCCACCAACGCCGUGGGCUUCUCCAGCCAGGAGCUGCAGCUCGCCGUCAACACCAAACCCGAGAUCCACGCGGAUGGGCCCCAGGACUCGGACGAGCCACUGAGCGUCACGGCCAGGGCUGGGGAGCAGGUGACCCUGGCCUGCGAGGCCCGCGGCUCCCCACCCCCGGUCAUCACCUGGACCAAGGACGCCCGCCCCGUGCCCAGGGACAGGCACGGGCUCCUGCAGUCGGGCUCCCUGCGGCUGGACCAGGCCCGGGCCGGCGACAGCGGCCUCUACCGAUGCACAGCCAGCAACCCCGCGGGCAGCGCCGCGCGCCACUACCGCCUGGGGGUGCAAGUACCCCCGCAGGUGCGGCGGGGCCCCCGGGUCACGAAGGUGCUGGCGGGGGAGGCCGUGGAUCUCAGCUGCGAGGCCGAGGGCAGCCCGACACCCCACGUGAGCUGGUCCAAGGACGGGACGGCCCUGCAGACGCACACCGAGGGCUCCGUCCACUUCGCUGCCGCCCAGCCCACGGACGCGGGCACCUACCGCUGUGAGGCCUCCAGCAGCGCCGGGCAGGACGCCUGGGAGCUGGAGCUCAGGGUGCUGGAGCCUCCGCACUGGGGCGCCGAGACCCGUGACCUGGUGGAGCGCGUGGUGGGGGAGAAUGCCAGCCUGCCGUGCCCGGCCAGAGGGACGCCCUGGCCGCAGGUGACCUGGCGGAAGGACCCGUCGGCGGAGCCCCUGCGCGGGGGCCCGGGGCUGGCGCUGCUGGCCGACGGCUCCCUGUUCCUGGCCUCGGUCUCCCCCGGCGACAGCGGGGCCUACGAGUGCCAGGCCACCAACGAGGCGGGCUCCGUGUCCCGGCGCGCCCGGCUGCUGGUGUACGUCCCGCCCAGCAUCCGGGAGGACGGGCGAGGGGCCAACGUGUCAGCCUUGGCCGGGCAGCCCCUGACCCUGGAGUGCGACGCCAGUGGCUCCCCAACCCCCAAGGUCACGUGGCUCAAGGACGGGCAGCCCUUCCUGGAGGCCCGCGGCCACCGCGUGCAGGACGGGGUGCAGACCCUACACUUCCCUGGCAUCCAGGAGCAGGACUCGGGCACCUACUCCUGCCGGGCGGAGAACCAGGCGGGCAGCAUCCAGCGGGACUUCCAGCUCCUGGUGCUCGUGCCCCCCGCUGUGCUCGGAGCUGGCACUGCCCAGGAGGUGCUGGGCCUGGCCGGGGACGAGGUGGAGCUGGUCUGCCGGACCUCGGGGGUCCCCACACCCCAAGUGGAGUGGACCAAGGAUGGGCAGCCGGUGGGCCUGGGCGAUGCCCGCGUCCAGCUGCAGGAGGGCGGCCAGCGCCUGCGCAUCCCCAGCAGCCGCCCGGGGGACGAGGGGCAGUACCAGUGCGUGGCCUUCAGCCCGGCCGGGCAGCAGACCAAGGACUUCCAGCUCCGUGUCCUGGCACCCCCCACCAUCCUGGGCUCCAACGAGACGGCCGAGGUGGCGGUGAUGGAGGGCCGCCCGGCGCGGCUCCUGUGCGAGGCCCGGGGGGCGCCCAGCCCGGACAUCGCCUGGUUCAAGGACGGGGUCGCGCUGCCCCCUAGUGCCGAGGCCGCGUACGGCAGGGGCGGGCGGCAGCUGCAGCUGGAGCGGGCGCGGGGCGCCCACGCGGGCAGCUACACCUGCCAGGCCCGCAACGCGGCGGGCGUAGCGGAGAAGACCACCAGGCUGGAGGUGUAUGUGCCCCCCACCAUCGAGGGUGCCGACGGAGGGCCGCAUGCGGUGAAGGCCGUGGCCGGGAGGCCCCUGGCGCUGAGGUGUGUGGCCCGCGGCCGGCCGUCCCCCCUGGUCGCGUGGCAGCACGAGGGGCUGCCAGUGGCCGAGGGCAACGCCACUCGGCUGGGGGCGGACGGCACGCUGAGCCUGGCGGCCCUGGGCGAGGCGUCCGGGGGCCUGUACAGCUGCGUGGCCAGCAGCCCCGCCGGGGAGGCCGUGCUGCACUACGCCGUGGACGUGCAGGUGCCCCCGCAGCUCCUGGUGGCUGAAGGCGUGGGCCAGGUGACAGCCCUCGUGGGACAGCCCCUGGACCUCCCCUGCCAGGCCUCGGGCUCCCCGGCGCCCACCAUCCAGUGGCUGCACAACGGACGCCCCGUGGAGCGGCUGGCCGGGGUGCGGGGGGCUGGGCGGGAGGCCGCCCUGCACAUCGACCACGUGCGGCGGGAGCACGCCGGGCUCUUCUCCUGCCAGGCCACCAACGAGGCGGGCACCGCGGGCGCCGAGGUGGAGCUGGCUGUGCACGAGCUGCCGGCGGUGACCAUCAACGGGGCUCAGAGCGUCACAGCCCCGUUCCUGCAGCCCGUGACCCUCCAGUGCUCGGCCAGUGGGGUGCCGCCCCCCAGCCUCCGCUGGUGGAAGGACGGGGUGGCCCUGGCAGCCACGGGGGGCACUCUGCAGAUCGAGAAGGUGGACCUGAGGGACGAAGGCACGUACACCUGCGCCGCCGCCAACGCGGCCGGGGAGAGCCGGCAGGACGUGCAGCUCCGGGUGCUGGUGCCCCCCAACAUUGAGCCAGGCCCCGUCAACAAGGCAGUCUUAGAAAACGCCUCGGUGACCUUCGAGUGCCUGGCGUCCGGUGUGCCCCCUCCAGACGUCGCCUGGUUCAGGGGCCGCCAGCCUGUCUCUGCUGGAGAUGGGGUGACGGUGUCCGCAGACGGGAAGCUGCUUCUCCUCGAGCGAGCCCGGCCCGCCGACGCGGGCAGCUACCGCUGCGUGGCCUCCAACGUGGCGGGCAGCACCGAGCUGCUCUACGGCCUGCGGGUCAACGUGCCACCACGCAUCACGCUGCCCCCCAGCCAGCGGGACCCCGUGCUGCUCGGCGCCCCCGUGCGGCUGACCUGUGACGCCUCCGGGGCCCCCAGCCCCACGCUCCUGUGGCUCAAGGAUGGAAACCCCGUGUCCAGCGCGGGGACCUCGGGCUUGCAGGUCUUCCCCGGGGGCCGCGCCCUCAGCCUGGCCAGUGCCCGGGUGUCCGACGCGGGCACCUACUCCUGCGUGGCCGUGAGCGCCGUGGGCGAGGACCGGCGGGACGUGGUCCUGAGUGUGCACGUGCCCCCCAGCAUCCGCGACGCCGAGGUGAAUGUGUCGGUGUUGGCGCGGGAGCCGGUGGCCCUGGAGUGCCGCAGCCACGCCGUGCCGCCCCCCGUGCUGAGCUGGCGCAAGGACGGGCGCCCCCUGCGGCCCCGGCCCGGCCUCCGCCUCUCCGAAGACCAGGCCCUGCUGGAGGUGGCCAGCGCAGAGGAGCAGGACGCCGGCCGCUACACCUGUGAGGCGCUGAACCCGGCCGGCCGCUCGGAGAAGCACUUCGACCUCAACGUCUGGGUGCCCCCCGCGUUCCCCUCGGGGCCGCCCCCCACGCUGACGGUGGCCGAGGGGCACCCCACCAGGCUGUCCUGUGAGUGUCGGGGCGUCCCCUUCCCCGGGAUCAGCUGGAAGAAGGACGGCCAGCCCCUGCCCGGGGAGGUGUCGGCCGUGGGGCGCUUGCUCUACAUCGCGGAGGCCCGGCCGGCCCACGAGGGCGUGUACACUUGCGAGUGCAGCAACAUGGCCGGCACCAGGAGCCAGGAGCAGCGGCUGGAGGUGCACGUGCCCCCUCAGAUCGCCGGCCCCCGGAAGCCCCUCGUGGAGGUCUCCGUGGCCCGGGACGGGGCGGCCACUCUGGAGUGCAACGCCACGGGGAAGCCGCCGCCCCGCGUGACCUGGGCGCGGGCCGGCCAGCCGCUGGGCGAGGAGCCGGGGCUGCGGCUCUGGGACCGGGGACAGCGCCUGCUCGUGGCACCAGCCCGGGCGGCCCACGCCGGGCGCUACCACUGCGUGGCCGAGAACGCGGCCGGAAGGGCCGAGAGGAGGUUCGCGCUGUCCGUGCUGGAGCCCCCCCAGUUUGUCGAUGACCUGGAGCCCCUGACCAACGUCACUGCAGCCCUGCACAGCCCCGUGACUCUGCCGUGUGAAGCAACGGGCAUCCCGCCCCCAGGGGUGCACUGGUUCCGGGGGGACGAGCCCAUCAGCCCCGGGGAGGACGUCUACCUCCUGGCAGGCGGCUGGAUGCUGAAGAUGACCCGGGUCCAGGAGGGGGACCGAGGCCUCUACUCAUGUGUGGCAAGCAACGAGGCCGGGGAGGCACGGAGGAGCUUCAGCGUGGAGAUCCUGGUUCCUCCCAGGAUCGAGAAUGAGCACCUGGAGGAGGCCGUCACGGUCCCUGAGGGGCAGCCGGCCCACCUGCUGUGCAACGCCACAGGCCACCCCCGGCCCACGGUCACGUGGUUCCAAGACGGCCGGCCCCUGGCCAGCGGCGACGCCCACCAUGUGUCUGCAGACGGGACCCGCCUGCAGGUGCCCCAGGCCAGCCUGUCCAGCGCCGGCCACUACGCCUGCAGCGCAGCCAAUGCUCUGGGGGCCAAGACCAAGCACUUCCAGCUGCGUGUCCUGGUGGCUCCCACCCUCCUGGGAGAGGCAGAGAACGGCACAGACGAGGUGACCGUGACCCUCAACAACCCCGUGUCCCUCAUCUGCGAGGCCCUGGCCUUCCCGUCACCCACCGUCACUUGGAUGAAGGACGGGGCCCCCCUUGAGGUGUCCAGGAACGUGCAGCUGCUGCCAGGCACGCACGGGCUGCAGAUUCUGAACGCCCAGCAGGAGGACGCGGGCCAGUACAGCUGCGUGGUCACCAAUGAGCUCGGGGAGGCGGUGAAGAACUACCACGUGGAGGUCCUCGUGCCCCCCUCCAUCUCCAAAGACGAGCCCUCAGAGGCGGUCAGCGUGAGGGAGGUGAAGACCAAGGUCAACAGCUCGCUGACCCUGGAGUGUGAGUGCUGGGCCGUGCCCCCGCCCACCAUCCGCUGGUACAAGGACGGGCAGCCGGUGACCCCCAGCGAGCGGCUCCGCAUCCUGGGUGACGGGCAGCUGCUUCAGAUCCAGCCCACGCAGCUCUCGGAUUCCGGCCGGUACCUGUGCGUGGCCAGCAACGUGGCCGGCGAGGAUGACCAGGACUUCAAUGUGCUCAUCCAGGUGCCCCCCAUCUUCCAGAGGGUGGGGGACGCCAGUUCGGUCUUCGAGGUCCUGUCCCAGGAGGAGGAGGAGGCCAGGGGGGAGGUGACAGAGUACCGAGAGAUCCUGGAGAACACCCCGACCUAUCUGUACUGCGACACCAACGCCGUGCCGCCCCCCGAGUUCACGUGGUAUCGGGAGGACCAGCCCCUCUCCGCCGAGGACGGGGUGUCCCUCCUGCAAGGGGGCCGCGUCCUGCAGAUCCCCCUGGUCCGAGCGGAGGAUGGGGGGAGGUACUCCUGCAAAGCCUCCAACGAGGUGGGCGAGGACUGGCUGCAUUAUGAGCUGCUGGUGCUGACCCCACCUGUGAUCCUGGGGGACACGGAGGAGCUGGUGGAGGAAGUGACCGUCAAUGCCAGCAGCACCGUCAGCCUUCAGUGCGCGGCCCUGGGCAACCCGGAGCCCAGCAUCUCGUGGCUGCAGAACGGGCUGGCGUUCUCCCCAGGCCCCGGGCUGCAGGUCCUGGAGGACGGCCACAUCCUGCAGGUGUCCAUGGACGAGGUGGCCGACGCUGCCAGCUACAUGUGUGUGGCCGAGAACCCGGCGGGCUCUGCAGAGAAGCUUUUCACCCUCAGGGUGCAAGUGCCCCCUCAGAUCUCAGGCUCGAACCCGGAGCACAUCACCGUCAUCCUCAACACCAGCGUGACCCUCCCCUGCGACGUCCACGCACAGCCCAGCCCCGAGGUCACAUGGCUCAGGGAGAGCCAGGCCGUGCCCCUGGGGGAAGGCCGCUUCCUCCUGCCUGGCACCCAUACGCUGCAGCUGGCGCGGGCACAGCUGUCGGAUGCGGGCACGUACGUGUGCGAGGCCCUGAAUGCCGCCGGCCGCGACCAGAAGCUGGUGCAGCUCAGCGUGCUGGUGCCCCCCACCUUCAGGCAGGCUCCCAGCAGCCUUCAGGACCCCGUCCAGGUGCGGGCCGGCGACGUGGCCACCCUGAGCUGCGAGGUGGACGCGCUGCCCGAGCCCGCCGUGACCUGGGCCAAGGACGGGCAGCCCCUAGGGACGCCGCCGGCUGGGCAGACGCUGCAGAUCCCGGCUGCCCAGGUGUCAGACACGGGUCUGUACAGCUGCAAGGUCCAGAACGCGGCUGGGGAGGCCAUGCGGACGUUUGUCCUCACUGUACAGGAGCCUCCAGCAUUUCAGAACCCCGAGUCAGAGACAGUGAGCCAGGUGGCAGGGAGCCCCCUGGUGCUGACCUGUGAUGUGAGCGGGGUCCCGAUGCCCGCUGUUUCCUGGCUGAAGGACAGCAUGCCCGUGGAGAGCAGCGUGGUGCGGGGCGUGGUGGCCCGCGGGGGCCGCCUCCAGCUCAGCCGCCUGCAGCCGGAGCAGGGGGGCACGUACACCUGCGUGGCCGAGAACGCCCAGGCCGAGGCCCGGAAGGAUUUCGUGGUGGCUGUCCUGGUGCCGCCCCGGAUCCGGCCCUCGGGCGCCCCGCAGGAGCUCAGCGUCCUGGAGGGGCAGGAGGUGCGGCUGGACUGCGAAGCGGACGGGCAGCCGCCCCCCGACGUGGCCUGGCUGAAGGACGGGCGCCCCUUGGGCCAGGGCAGCAGCGCCCCGCGCCGGGUCCCCCCGGACGGCGGCUCCCUGGUGCUGACCGGGCUCCGCGCCGCCGACUCGGGCGCCUACACCUGCUCCGCGCGCAACGCGGCGGGCGAGGACGCGCGGCUGCACACGCUGCACGUGCUGGUGCCCCCCACCAUCGAGCGCGGCCCCGACGGCUCCGAGACGCUGCUGAGCCGGCCCGGGGAGCAGGUGCGCAUGGCCUGCGCCGCCCGGGGCUCCCCGCCCAUCCACCUGAGCUGGCUCAAGGACGGCCUCCCGCUGCCGCUCUCGCAGCGCGCCCACCUCCACGGCCAGGGGCGCACCCUCAGGAUUUCCCAGGUGCAGCUGGCCGACUCGGGCACAUACACGUGUGUGGCCGCGAGCCCCGCAGGAGUGGCCGACAGGAACUUCACCCUGCAGGUGCAGGAGCCCCCCAUCCUGGAGCCGGCCGAGUUCCAGGCGGAUGUGGCGGUGGUGCGCGGUGCCCCCGUGGCUCUGCCCUGUGAGGCCCGGGGCAGCCCCCUGCCCCUCGUGUCCUGGAUGAAGGACGGGGAGCCGUGGCUGCCCCAGAGCCUGGAGCAGGGGCCCGGUCUGCAGCUGGCGGCGGCGGGAGCCGGGGAUGCGGGGACCUAUUCCUGUGUGGCCGUGAACGCAGCAGGCGAGGCCCGGCGGGACUUCCGGCUGACGGUCAUGGACCCGCCCUCCAUCAAGGACUCGGACCCGCCUGCAGAGCUGUCCCUGAGCCCUGGCGCCCCCUUGGAGCUCCUCUGUGACGCCCAGGGCUCCCCCCCGCCCACCAUCACCUGGCACAAGGAUGGGCAGGCGCUGAGCCGGCCGGAGCCCAGCCGGGGGGCCUGGCGGGAGCUGCGGGUGGAGAGUGUGCAGGUGGGCGAUGCUGGACUGUACACUUGCCUGGCCCAGAGCCCAGCAGGUGAAGCGGAGAAGAGCUUCCGGGUCAGAGUUCAAGCUCCCCCACACGUGAUCGGACCCCGAGGCCCCCGCUCUGUGGUUGGCCUGGCCCCAGGGCAGCUGGUUCUGGAAUGUUCCGUGGAGGCAGAACCGGCUCCAGAGAUCGAGUGGCACCGAGAUGGGAUCCUGCUGCAGGAGGACACACACACCCAGUUUCCCGAGCAGGGCCGCUUCCUCCGGCUCCAGGAGCUGAGCUUGGCCGACGGCGGCGACUACAGCUGCACGGCCCGAAACGCGGCGGGCAGCACCAGCGUGGACUUCCGCGUGGACAUCCACACGGUGCCCACGAUCCGGCCGGGACCUCCCGCGGUGAACGCGUCCAUGAACCAGACGGCCCUGCUGCCCUGCCAGGCGGAUGGGGCGCCCCUGCCCCUUACGAGCUGGCGCAAGGACGGGGAGCCCCUGGAUCUGGGGAACCCCAGGCUGCAGAUCCUUCCAGAUGGUUCCCUGAGGAUCCAGCCGGUGGUGGCCCAGGACAGCGGCCACUACCUCUGCCUGGCGUCCAACUCUGCAGGCUCCGACCGCCAGGGUCGUGACCUGCGGGUCUUCGAGCCUCCAGCCAUCGCCCCGGGCCCCUCCAACCUGACGCUGACCGCCCACACCCCCGCCUCUCUGCCCUGCGAGGCCAGCGGCGCCCCCAAGCCCCAGGUGGUCUGGUGGAAGGACGGACAGAUGCUGGACUUGCGCCUGCAGCAGGGCACCUACUGGCUCCUGCCCUCCGGCUCCCUGCUGCUCCUCGCCCCCGGCCCCCAGGACGCGGCCCAGUUCGAGUGUGUGGUGAGCAACGAGGAGGGCGAGGCCCGCAGGCGCUACCAGGUGGCCGUGCUUGAGCCGCCCACCAUCGCGGACGACCAGACGGCCUUCACCGUGACCCAGAUGGCGCCCGUGGUCCUCACGUGCCACAGCACCGGGGUGCCGGCCCCCACCACAUCCUGGAGCAAGGCGGGCACCCGGCUGGGGGCUCGGGGCCACGGCUACCGUGUGUCGCCGUCCGGUGCCCUGGAGAUCAGACAGGCGCUCCCCAUCCACACGGGCCGCUACACCUGCACCGCGCGGAACCCGGCGGGCGCGGCCCACAAGCACGUGGUCCUGAGCGUGCAGGCCCCCCCGGUGGUGAGGCCGCCGCCGAGCGAGGUGCUGGCCGUGGCGGCGGCCGAGGUGGUGCUGCCCUGUGAAGCCGCGGGCGUCCCCCGGCCCCACGUGUCCUGGCAGAAGGAGGGGCUCCACGUGCCCCUGGGAGCUGGCGUCCAGGUGCUCCCCAGAGGGCAGCUGAGGAUCCUCCACGCCGGCCCCGAGGACGCCGGGAACUACCUGUGCGUUGCCCAGAGCAGCGCCGGCAGCGCCCUGGGCAGGACGCGGCUGGUGGUACAAGUGCCCCCCGCCAUUGAGUCCGGCCUCACGGACCUGGCGGCCACCGAGGGCACGCACGCGCUCCUGCCCUGCACGGCCAGCGGCAGCCCCCCUCCGGACAUCACCUGGGAGAAGGACGGGCAGCUGCUGUCGGCUGCAGAGGACAAGUUCACGCUGCAGCCCUCGGGGGCACUGCUGGUGAAGCACUCGGAGAGCCAGGACGCCGGCACCUACACCUGCACCGCUGAGAACGCCCUGGGCCGCGCCCGCCGCCGUGUGCACCUCAGCAUUCUGGCGCUGCCUGUCUUCACCACCCGGCCCGGCGACCGCAGCCUGCGCCUCGGCGAGCGGCUGUGGCUGCGCUGUGCCGCCCGCGGCAGCCCCCCGCCCCGCCUCAGCUGGACUCUCAACGACAGGGCGGUCACAGAGGGCGUGUUGGAGCAGGACGGAGGGAGCACGCUGCAGCGGGAGGCCGUCACCCAAGAGGACGGUGGGACCUACGUGUGCUGGGCCGAGAACCGCGUGGGCCGUGUGCAGGCCACCAGCUUCGUGCACGUGCAGGAGGCCCCAACGCUGCAAGGCGAGGCCUUCUCCUACCUGGUGGAGCCCGUGGGGGGCAGCGUCCGGCUGGACUGUGUGGUCCACGGGGCCCCGGCCCCCGCCAUCCGCUGGGCCAAGGACGGUCUCCCGCUGCGGGGCGGCCGCCUCCGCUACCGGCUGCACAACGGCUCGCUGACCAUCCGCAGGACCCAGAGGGCCGACGCUGGCCAGUACCUUUGCCGCGCAGAGAGCCGCCUGGGCGCCGUGGAGAAGCUGGUGGUCCUGGUGCUGCAGAGUGCCCCGGUCUUCCAGGUGAGGCCCCAGGACGUGACCGUGAGACCCGGGGACGACGUGGCGCUGCAGUGCCAGGCCAGCGGGGAGCCGGCGCCCGAGGUGGAGUGGCUGCGGGCCGGGCGGCCCCUGGCGGCCAGCCGGCGGCUGCGAACGCUACCGGAUGGGAGCCUGUGGCUGGAGCAGGUGGAGGCCGGGGACGCGGGCGCCUACGAGUGCGUGGCCCACAACCUCCUGGGCUCGGCCUCCGCCCGGGCCGUGCUGGCCGUGAGAGGGGAACCCCGGGGCAGCCGGGGCAGCAUGGUCGGGGUGAUCAAUGGCCAGGACCUGGGCGCGGCCACCCUCAACACCAGCGUGCAGCGGCGGGAGGCGCAGGCGGGGGCCGUCACCCUCCGCAGCAGCAUCAGCCACGUCCCGGCCACCGUGGGACCCCUGAUGCGAGUGCUGGUGGUCGCCCUGGCCCCCACCUACUGGGCCCUGGCGGGGGAGAGCGGGGACGCCCUGAACGGCCACUCGCUGACCGGAGGCCGCUUCCAGCAAGAGUCCCACGUGGAAUUCGAGACGGGGGACCAGCUCACCGUGACCCAGGUGGCCCGGGGCCUGGACGCUGAGGGCUUCCUGAUCCUGGACGCGGAGGUCCACGGGGUCAUCCCCGAGAGCCUCGCCGAAGCCGAUCUCCAAGUGCAGGACUUCGGGGAGCAGUACCUGCAGACUGGCCCCGGGCAGCUCUGGGCGGCCUCCACGCAGCGCUUCCUGCGGGGCCGCGUGCCCACGUGGGCGCGCUGUAACCACAGCAUCCGGUACGACGCGGCGCGCGGCCCGCAGCCCCAGCUGGUGCAGCUCCUCCGCGCCACGCACAUCCGCAGCGCCUUCGAGCCCGGCGCCGAGGCCCUGAGCUUCCAGCUCACCACGGCGCUGCAGGCUGAGGACGGUGAGCCCAGCUGUCCCGAGGGCUUUGAGCUGGACCCCGAGGAAACGCACUGUGUGGGUGAGGCCCCCCAAUGCCCGGCUGCGGGGUCCCCGGGCUCUGUGUUGGGGGUGCGUGGAGGAGGCAGCUGGGGGGGGCCUGGGAGGGCGCUCACACAGCCCCCCCUGCCCCCAGACCUGGACGAGUGCGCCUGGGAGCCCCCGCCCUGCCCGGAUGGCCAGCGCUGCGAGAACCUGCCCGGGGCCCACCGCUGCCUCCCGGGCUGUGCGCCCGGCUUCCGGAGGGCCGCCGACGGCGCGGGCUGCGAAGAUGUGGACGAGUGUUUGGAGGAGACAGACGAGUGCCACUACAGCCAGCGCUGCGACAACACCCCGGGCGGCUACCACUGUGGGUGUGCCCGCGGGUACCAGACCCAGGGCCCUGGCCAGCCCUGCCUAGACGUCAACGAGUGCGCGGAGCGGCCCCCGCCCUGUGCCCACCAGUGCCAGAACCUGCAGGGCGGCUUCCGCUGCCUGUGCCCGCCCGGCCACGUGCUCCUCCCGGACGGCAGGACGUGCGUCCCCCCCGAGCGCGAGCUCCGGGGCCAGAACGUGACCACCGUCAGCUCCCGGGGCCCUUGGCUGCGGCCCCGCGGCCCCGGGGGCUCCCACCACGCCUGGGUCUCCCUCCGGCCGCGCCCCGGAGCUCUGGGCAGCGAGGGACGGGCCUGGUGCCCGCCCGGCUUCAUCCGGCAGAAUGGAAUCUGCACCGACCUGGACGAGUGCCGCGUGCCCAGCCUGUGCCAGCACGCCUGCCAGAACACCGAGGGCAGCUACCGGUGCCUCUGCCCCGCCGGCUACCGCCUCCUGCCCAGCGGGAAGAACUGCCAGGACAUCAACGAGUGCGAGGAGGAUGGCAUCGACUGCGCCCCUGGCCAGAUGUGCUUCAACACCCGGGGCAGCUACCAGUGCGUGGACACGCCGUGCCCCGCCACCUACCGGCAGGGCUCCAGCCCCGGGACGUGCUACCGGCGCUGCUCCCGGGACUGCCGCGCGGGCGGGCCCUCGACGCUGCAGUACAAGCUGCUGCCGCUGCCGCUGGGCGUGCGCGCCCACCACGACGUGGCCCGCCUGGCCGCCUUCUCGGAGGCGGGCGCGGCCGCCAACCGCACGGAGCUCAGCGUGCUGGAGCCCGACCCGCACAGCCCCUUCGCGCUGCGCCCGCUUCGCGCCGGCCUGGGCGCCGUCUACACCCGCCGCGCGCUCACCCGCGCCGGCCUCUACCGGCUCACGGUGCGCGCCGCCGCCCCGCGCCACCAGAGCCUGUACGUGCUGCUCAUCGCCGUGUCCCCCUACCCCUACUGAGGGGACCGCGGCGCGCGGCCGGCCCCGCCCCGCCCCGCACCCCCCGCGCCCCGGCCCGCGAGGUCAGCGCCCGCCCGCCUCCCCGUGCGUCACGGGGCCUUGGGUCAACACGACCCCGGGCGCAGCCUUGACCGGGGGACACUCACCCCCUGCUCAGGUGACGGCGGGAGGCGGGGCUGGA